CCCCGUACCAACCCUACCUACUACGUAGUUUGGAAUGAAUGAAUCAAACAAAGAAAAGGUGCGACAGUAGCAAGAAAGAGCCAAAAAGCCCAAGAUGUGAGGAGAGGGAGGUAGGUAAGUAGGAGGAGGCAAGGGCAGCUUUGAUGUAGAAACAAGGCCGUGGGUGUCUGGUGUCUAUUUGAACGAGAGAUGGGCAUGCUUUAGAUACCCCACUUUCCGUCCCAAAUCCACCCACUUCGCUCAGCCAUAUGCUCUACCUACCCCUCCUCUUCCCCUAUAUUUGUUACUCAUUUCUUUCCUGGCUUUCCCCUCUAAGCCACCCCUCUCUCCUCUUCCUGUUUCCUUCUCUUCUACUGCCAUUUCACGAACAAAAGCAAAACUAUUCCGACAGAUUAAAACAAGAGACACCCGUCAAAGCCAAUGACCAUGAUAUCCAUUGCUGAUCCUGUUGAACCCCAAAAGCCUGAGCUCUCUCCUUCUUUGUCUCCUCCUCCGUCAAAACCUUCGCCUGAAACUGCUGGUGAUCACAUUUUCAGGUCCAAAUUGCCUGACAUUCCAAUCUCAAAUCACCAGCCUCUCCAUACUUACUGCUUUGAAAGCCACUUGGGUUUUUCUGAUAAACCAUGUUUGACCUGUGGAUCCUCUGGCAAAACCUAUUCUUUCUCCGAAACUCACUUGAUUGCUCAAAGGACUGCAACUGGUUUGUCCAAUUUAGGCAUUCGAAAGGGCGAUGUCAUCAUGAUUCUCCUGCAAAACUGUGCUGAAUUUGUCUUCUCUUUCAUGGGAGCUUCCAUGAUAGGAGCAGUUUCCACUACGGCUAACCCUUUUUACACAUCGACAGAAAUCUUCAAGCAAUUCAAAGCUGCUCGAGCCAAACUCAUAAUCACACAAUCCCAAUACGUAGACAAGCUUAAAGGCACCAAUAACAAUGAAAACUUCCCCAAAAUAGGUGAAGAUUUCAAGGUGAUCACCAUCGAUGACCCUCCAGAAAACUGUUUACAUUUCACAGUGUUAUCAGAGGCAAAUGAGAAUGAGAUCCCUCAAGUUUCCAUUGACCCUGAUGACCCUGUAGCUUUACCAUUCUCUUCAGGAACAACAGGGUUACCGAAAGGAGUGGUUUUAACUCACAAAAGCCUGAUCACAAGCGUAGCUCAGCAAGUAGAUGGAGAGAACCCUAAUCUUUAUUUGAAACAUGACGAUGUUGUCUUAUGUGUUUUGCCUUUGUUUCACAUUUACUCACUCAACAGCGUGCUGUUGUGUUCCUUGAGAGCUGGAGCUGCCGUUCUGUUAAUGCAGAAGUUUGAGAUAGGGGCAUUGUUGGAGCUGAUACAGAGGCAUAAAGUGUCGGUGGCAGCGGUGGUGCCACCAUUGGUGUUGGCGUUGGCUAAGAAUCCGAUGGUGGCUCAGUUUGAUUUGAGCUCAAUCAGGGCGGUACUUUCAGGGGCUGCCCCGCUUGGAAAAGAGCUCGAAGGGGCUCUCAGGGGAAGGGUUCCUCAAGCCGUUUUGGGUCAGGGAUAUGGAAUGACAGAGGCUGGACCAGUUCUGUCAAUGUGCCUAGGAUUUGCAAAGCACCCCUUUCCAACCAAGUCUGGUUCAUGUGGCACAGUGGUUAGGAAUGCAGAGCUUAAGGUCGUUGACCCUGAAACCGGCUGCUCCCUUGGCUACAAUCAACCUGGCGAGAUUUGCAUCCGUGGAUCCCAAAUCAUGAAAGGUUAUUUGAAUGAUACUGCGGCCACAGAAACAACCAUAGAUGUGGAUGGUUGGCUUCAUACAGGUGACAUAGGUUAUGUGGAUGAAGAUGAUGAGAUUUUCAUUGUUGAUAGAGUGAAGGAAAUCAUCAAAUUCAAAGGCUUCCAAGUGCCACCGGCUGAGCUUGAGUCACUCCUUGUGAGCCACCCAUCAAUUGCAGAUGCAGCUGUAGUGCCGCAAAAAGAUGAAGUUGCUGGCGAAGUUCCUGUUGCAUUUGUGGUUCGAUCAAAUGGUUUUGAACUUACUGAAGAAGCUGUCAAAGAAUUCAUUGCUAAACAGGUGGUUUAUUACAAGAGAUUGCAUAAGGUGCACUUUGUUAAUGCAAUUCCCAAGUCUCCUUCAGGAAAGAUAUUGAGAAAAGAUCUCAGAGCCAAGCUGGCUGCAACAGUCACUACCCAGCCAUGAAAAAUCCUUCUAUAAUCAAAUUUGGCUUUCAAUUUAUCAGGCACAGCGGUGAUUUUUCUACUUAGAUUUUCUGUGUCAAAACAAAUCUUGGAAUCAAAAAAAUCAAUAUGCCAUCAAUCCUAUGUUAUAUCAGUUUUUUUUUUCUCAAAAUUGUCCAUGCUUGUACUGUAAUUUGUUCGACGGUGUUCUUAAAAUAAGAGGGAAAUCAAAGCCAUUCUUGUCACUUUGAGGUUUCAGCUCAACUUGUAAGAGUGGAAUUAGAUUUAG